AUGAUCACGGCAUCUGCUCAAGUUUAUGGUUAUUCAACCGGCAAUGCUUACCAACACCAAGCGGUUGGUGGUGAUGGUGGUGCCGGAGAAUAUCAGUUACAAGGUGCGGGACACGGAGGUGGUCUUGGUGGUGGUCUCGGUGGUGAUGGUGCUGGUUCUGCCAGUGCUGGUGCUUCAGCUAAUGCUGCUGAUGGUGGUGCUGGAUUUGCCAGUGCUGCAGGUCCUUCUGCAUUCGGCAGCAACCAAAAUAUUCCCUAUCAACCCGCCAACACUAGAGGCAACAGUGUCUCCUCCUCCAUCUCAUAUCCCAACAACAAGGGUGAAAUUCUCAUUCAUCGUCCUGCAGCCAUUAUUGUCAAACGCCCACCCACCAAGGUUGUUGUCAACCAUCCCCCACUAGUCGUCAAACCUGCCCCAGUUGUUUUGCACAAGCCCCCAGCAGUCGUGGUACGCAAGGUGUUCGUCAAACAUCACCCACGCCCUGUCAAGGUUGAGCCAGUUUAUGUUAAUGUUGUGAAGCCUCCAGCAGAGAAAUACUUUGUCAAUGAGAAACAACAAGCUGCGUUCGCUCCUCAAGCUGGCUUCGCUCCCGUCAGUGUAAAUGCUGGUUUUGCACCAAUCGGUGCCAUCGGCGGUCUCGGCAACGGUUUUGGUGCCGGUUCCGGUGGUGCUGGUGCCUCAGCUCUCUCUGGUUCUGGUUCGGCUGGAUUUGCGGGCAUAAACCCAGCCGCCUUGGCUGGUGCUGGCGCUGACAGUGCAGCUCAUGGUGGUUACCAAUUGUUGCAAAACAAUCAAGGUUUAGCCGCUUUGGCUAAUCUUUCUGGUUCCGGUAACUACGCUCAUGGCGCAGCACCAUCCUACAGCGCACCUUCAUACGGCGCACCAUCAUACAACGCCCCAUCAUACUAAACAUUCUCUAGAAGAAUGUUGGGAGUUGUUUCCUAACAUUGCGUGUAGUACUCAUUAGAAAACAUUUUUUAUUUGUACCAUGUAUGUUGUAGUUUUAAAUAAAACGUUUUUAUACAAU